UGACGACGCUCCUUUCGACGACCGCGACGCCCGAUGUCCGGCCAAACCCCGUUCUCAAACGCCCAGGCGCAAUAUCCGGCGCUUUACCUCUACGCACUCAAUGACUCCUUCGUACCGAAACAUAUAUCACUCUCGAAUAAUCAGCAUGUCAAGAUUGGAAGGCAGACCAGCGCGAAGACCGUCCCUGCCGAGCGGAAUGGUUACUUCGACUCGAAAGUGCUGUCGCGACAGCAUGCGGAAGUUUGGGAAGAGGGUGGCAAGAUCUACAUCAAAGACGUCAAAAGCUCGAACGGCACCUUCAUCAACGGGGAGCGGCUAAGCCCCGAAGGCGUCGAGUCCGAGCCAUAUGAGAUCAAGACCGACGACAUCGUUGAAUUCGGUAUCGACAUCGUCAGCGAAGACAACAAGACCAUCAUCCACCAUAAAGUCGCCGCGCGCGCAGUCUGUAUCUUUUCCGAAGCAGAUGCCCAAGCCGCCCUUCGCGCCGAACACGCCGCGCCUCCCAGCGGGCCCUCUUCCGCCGCCUUCAACUUCACUGCCCAACAAAACAACGGCACCCUCGGCCAGGCCCCCAAUGGUCAAGCCUCUAAUUUUGCACGCAGACCUCAGAUCCAGGGUAUGGGCGGUCUGGGCGGGAGCAUGCGGCCGCCCGGCAAGAGCGGCCUCACGUUCGAGCAUAUCCUGAACAGGCUCCAGGGCGAGCUGCAGAAGAGCCGCGAGACCGGGGCGGAGCUGCACAGCUUGACCGGUGCUAUGGGCGAGGUCGGCGACACCCUCGGCGGUGGCUUGCCUCCCCCUCCGGCAUACCCGUCGCAUUUGCCGCCCGUACGACCCGCUCAGAGCCAGCAGCACCAGCACAGCCAAUCCGAGCCCGUCGCCUCGGCCUCUGCGUCGUCUUCAUCGGACCGACCUCAGCCCGCCGCUCUCAACGAUAUCCAAGCACAACUUCGUGAAACCCAAACCAGUCUUGCCGCGCACGUUGAGAAGAUCCGUGCUCUGGAGGAGACGCUGGCAGAGCAUGCCGCUCUGAAACGUGACAUGAACAACCUUCGGGAGUUGAUCGAGGACCGGCGUCGCGUUCGAUCCUUCUCGCCCACGGACUCGGCCAACGUUCGCCCUAUGUCUCCGGAAGCCCAUCGCACCUCGCGGGAUCACCAUGACUCCUUCGACGAGUCCGCCGAGCUGGACGAUGACGCGAGGAGCAUCGCUUCCACGGUCAUGCCGCACGAGCUCGAGCGGGUGGACGAGGUGGACGAGGACGAGGAAGCUGAGGCGGAGCGCAUCCGGAUGCGCAUGGACGCUCAAGCUGAGGAGGAAGCGGAGGCUCACCGAAGAGAGCUUGCCGAAGACGGCGAAGAGGAGGUCGAGGAGCAGAGGAGGCGGCUCGGCCGACCGCGCACUCCCGAACCGAGCGGUUUGGGUAUGGACGACGAUCACGAAGAAUCCGGGGAACGCGGACGUUCAAAGGCUUUCGGGCGGCUAGCGGGCCCGACGUCGCCUUCAUCGUCGAAGGCAACGGCGGCCGACCAUGCCGAUAGACUGGAGGCGUUGGCCGCGCAGCUCGAAAGUGCGCUGGAAAUGUCGCGGAAUCUGCAAAGUCAACACGCGGCAGCGCAAAGCACGAUUCGUGAGCUCGAAUCCAAGGUCGGCACGCUGGAGAGCCUCGUGCGCGAGAGCCUGGCGCGGCAAAGCGGCGCUCCAACGCCAGCAACGCCAGCCUCCGUCCCAGAUGCGGUCGAUGCACGUCCUAAGGAAGGGCUGACAGAGAUACUCUCCGAGUGGAAAAAGUCGGUCGAGGUUCAAUGGGCCGACGUCCGCGAGGAGUGGGGGAGCGAGCGCGAGCGGCUGCGGAAGGCGCGCGAGGAGUGGGAGGCGCGGCUGCAGGCCGUCGAGCAGGGGGUGGAUGGGGUGGCGAAGAAGGUUGAGGACGGGCUCGCGGAGGCGGAGGCCAAGGUCCGGGCGACGCUCAGCAUUGCGCAUCACCUUGGGGCGAACGGCGACGCGAAGGGGAGUUCGCAUGGGCUAGUGACGCCGCCCAGCCCGAGGAGUCUGAGCGCGGACUCGAACAAACCGAGGAAUCGGAGGAGGAAUAAGAGUGGCAGGGGCCGCAGCGGGAGCCGCGACGCCGGGGCUAUCAAUGGUUCGGGAAGCACUGGCUCUGUGGACCUCAGCAGCAGCGAGCAAAGCUAUGGGCAGCCCAUUGCGAGUCAUCUAUCGGUGUCUCCGGCGAAGACCAAAUUGAGACCGCGGAGUCCUUGGGGGCCGGAAGGUAGUAGCUCGGACGACGAUGAGGAAACCCGGGUUGGCGACGAGAGGGAACAGGACGCUACGAAGUACCCGACGCCAAAGAGCAGCUGGACCGGGACCGAACCUAGUAAUACGGCACCUGGCACUCCGACAGCCGCGCAUCACCCAUACGCGAACGCGCUAGCACUCGUAGACUUGCAUAAUCCGCAAGUAUCGAGAACAUUGGCGACGCUCGUGGUCGGUAUCGCCGCCGUUGCGGUGGUGUGGAGGGUCAAACCGGAUACGCUUGCAUGACCACAGCGUCGGUCCUUCGUACCUAUCUCGCUCGAACCCAUAUGCCCACCCAUGCCUUUCUCGUUUCGACAUAUAACAUAUAUCCUAUCGAUAGCUCUGAACUCGUGCGUCGUCUUCCGUGUUCCUCACCUGUAUGCAUUCGCCUUGCCUCGUUUCGUAGUUUCCCGCCCGAUGUAUUUAUUAUGUGAUGACCUCAUGACGCAAAAUCUUCAAC